UUCCGUCACUUUUCCCCCAAUUUUCAUAUCACAGAGACAUGUCAAAGUCAGAAAAAGAAUUAUUGAAAAAAGCGGGACCAAUUCUGUGUGACGCAGUCAACGAUGAAAAAUCGGGAAAAGUGUCUCGAGCGCUUCUCCGCUACAAGAACGGAAUCGAAUUGAUUGCUGAAGCGAUGCGCACGAUGCCGUUGGAAAGCGCGGAUCGGAGGAAAAUUAUGGCGAACUUUACGGACUACGUGAGAAAAGUGGCCGAUUUGGAGUAUCUUAAUAAAACAGAGACAACCGUAGAACAACGAAAAAUCGCCGCCAACUCUACAGGACACUCGUACGCCCGAAUAUUCGGGAAAUGCUGUGACGAUCGGCUCCGAAUGGUUCACGUUCAGGACGCCUACAUCAGUGCUCACCAUCAACUCGUGAAUUUCGUGCGAUUCUGCGAGCUUGUCGUUCCGUUGUCGGUGAAUUUGCUCGUUAUAACGCUGAGAACUGGCGAAGAGGCACGGAAGAAUCAGGCAGAGUUCGAGGAACUCUCAAAAAGCCUUGCGAAGCGCGGAGUGAUGUUCAACGUCGAGUUCAGCACGACAAUUCAUGAUCGGGAAAUUAUAUUCGACAACGGUUGGGUGGUGAAAAGUGGCCGCGGGCUCGACUAUUUCAAAGCUUCCGAUGGGAAAUAUGUGCUCGGCGCCAACGAUAUGGAUCAGCGGCCGUGCCACGAGACUAUUAUCAAUAUUUUGAAGCGGAAAACUUGAUUUUUCGUGUAUUUUUUCAAUGUUUUCUGUGAAUUAUCACACUUUUCCGGUUGUAAAUAGUAAUUUAUCUCGAUUUUUUCACCAAUUUGCCAGAAAAAAUGCCAUUUUUCCAAUU